AUGCUUACCCUGGUCAGAUUUUCCCUUUCCAUACUUGCCCCCUUUUCACCAUUUUCACCAAGUCGCUCCCUCUCUGCUCAUCCUCCUCCCUUUUCAUCGGUUCUCAUCCACCAUGGGAAACCCAUAUCUGAAUCCAACAUCAUUGUCCAGUACAUCGAUGAAGCCUGGCAAAACAAGCAUCCGCCAUUGUUGCCUUCUGAUCCUUAUCUCAAAGCCCAAGCCAGGUUCUGGGAUGAUUUCGUUGACAAGAAGAUAAAUGAUGGUGCGAGGAGGAUAUGGAGCACGAAAGGAGAAGAGCUGGAGAAGGCAAAGAGGGAGUUGAUAGAGUGGCUGAAGGUGUUGGAAGGGCAGCUUGGGGAUAAGGCGUAUCUGAUGGGGGAGAGGUUUGGGUAUGCAGACAUUGCGAUGGUGCCUUUCUACUGMUGGCUUCARGUUUGAGAAUCUUUAGGCAAUGUUUUGAUCAAAAUGAAGAAGAGAUGUGGUGUGAAGAGAAGAAAUGGAUGUUAGAUCUGAGAACAGUAGUGUGCAGGUGGUGAGGUGGGCCAAGAUACCAACCCAAGUGAUUCAAARAACCAGCAUUUUGAUUUGAAUGAAAAGAUUGUUGGGUUUAUGUUUAUUUUCAUAUCUUUUACAGUUAAUGAA